AUGUUUCGGAUCUGGUUGUACAGCGAGUACCUCGAACCACUAGACUGCGUUCUCAAGCUCGACGUGGAUGACAAUGUGGAUGCAGCCCAUCUUAAAGGCAUCCUGCACGAAAAGUUCUGGCCCUGGGUGUACAAGUUGUCGGAGGAGAACUUGCACCUCCAAAUCUUCCACCUGGAAUCUGGGCUCCCAGUCGAACCGGAGGAGACGUUAAAAGAGCGCAAGCACCAAGCUGAAGGCCAACUCGUCCCAGCGAAGCUCAGUGGCAGGGUCUCCGCUGCCCAUGGGGAUCGGAUUUACUAUUUCCUGGAGAUCGUUCGUGGUGUACCGACAAAGCGUGCGCUUUCUCCCUCCAACCAACACGAAUUUGAUCGCGACGUCACUGACAUAUGGAGGACUAAGCGUGCUAAAAUCGAAAUCCCUCGACUUGAGAACCUCUUGGGAUUCAUCGAGCAGCCUCUUGCUGUCGAGGAAAAGAUCCAGCUUCCCGCUCCCACAUAUCGCAGCCUCAUUACGCGUCGCCUCCCUGACGUGUGUAGCGAGGAGGAUGUUCAGUCCCUAUUUCGACUGGGCGAUAUAAAGGAUGUAAAUACCAUUUGUCUCAUCACCGCUGCUUUGGAUCCGCCACCUCGCGGCGGUACCGAUAAUGCCUUUAUCAAAUUCUGGGAUGCAAAUAUUCGUUCGGUCAUCGAGACCAUGAUUCCAUAUGGCACAAGCAUACGCAACAGUAAUCAACACACGGAAACUCGAAAUCUUAGACCCGAUUUCGGUCACCUCGUAUCCGAUAAGUGUGUCUUCCGAGGCGAGGAGAAGGGCCCAAACAACAUGGGAGACCCCAAGGUAGAAAAAGCUGCCAAAGUGGGUCUAUUCGCCUGCCCCUUAUGUAUUGGGUAUGUUCUGUGA